AGUGCCUGUAGUGGUGCUGUGAGGAGUCUGCUGUGGAUCCAACAAAAAUCCUCAGCAGCCUGCCUACUGCUUGUAAUUUGCUCUGGAUAGCCUAUAUUUAAAUGCAUCCUUAUUUCAAGAUAUACCGAGCUCGAUGAAGAUCACUGUUAUUAUCCUGUCUCGAAUAUCGAUGCACAAAUAGCCUAGCUGAUUCUAAUAGACAUUUCGGCCGUCUAUCUGGAGUGAAUACCUUACACAGCCCAUACCAAUUCAAGCUGAUGUUGUCAAGAACAAGAGUCACGUGAUGUAUGAAGGCAAACACAUACACUUCUCAGAGGUGGACAAUAAGCCGUUGUGCUCGUACAGCCCAAAGCUGUGCAAGCAGCGCAGACUAAACGGCUAUGCUUUCUGUAUCCGGCACGUUCUGGAGGAUAAGACAGCCCCCUUCAAGCAAUGUGAAUAUGUGGCCAAGUACAACAGCCAGCGUUGUACCAACCCCAUCCCCAAGUCUGAGGACCGCAGAUACUGUAACAGCCACCUGCAGGUUCUGGGCUUUAUCCCCAAGAAGGAGCGGAAAAAGAAACAUGAUGCUUUGGAGGAAAUGCGCUCACGGGCUCACCUGGAGUCAGUGGCUCUCAAUAUAACUGUGCCCUCACUAGCUCUGAAAGCUCCCAAUGGUCUAGAUGAACUUCCGCCAUCUCCUCCCUGUUCACGCCUGUUGCCCCUCCCUGAUGGGGAACUCCUGGACCCUUUUGCCUUUUAUGAGGAUGACACAGACGGGGAGGAGGUGGGUACUCCUCGGAAGGGCAGCGCCAUCAAGAAGAAAUUACAGAGUCGACUGGUGCUCAGUCAGAAACUCUGCCAUGACACGGACCUCUUCCAGCCACCCCCUGAGCACUUUAGUCCCUCCCCUGCCCCCCGUGUCCACCCCUCCUCGCCGCUCAACACUCAUCUCCCACGGCAGCAGUCAGGUCUCCUCCACCCGCCCCAGCACUCCAGCGUGACUUCCUUCAUCUUCCCAGGACAGCAGCAGGGUUUAUUAUGCAAUCCACCACCACCUCAGACGGUCAACUUUCUGCCUCCAGGGAUGCCCGCUAAUGCAGCACCCAGUCCAGUGCAACCCUCUGGGCCAUCACUCAGCAGGAAAAUGCCUUUCACUGCGACUCACUUGCCUGUCAGUUGCAAGGACAGUGGCAGUAACAAUCAGCGGCACAUGGUUGUCAUGCGUCCUGCUGCCUUCUCACCUUCUGCCAGCUGCCUGGCCAGGUUGCAACAUCUGGUGCAGCUCUGUGCCAAGAGACACCAGGAGCACGGAGACCUCUUUCCUCAUCUAGGACUGGACUGGUCAGAAGACAGUGCUGACGAUGAUGAUGAUGAAGAGGAGGAGGCGGAGACAUUUGUUCCUUUCCAGAGCUCCUGGAGACCACAGAAUGGGUUGGAAGACGACAGCGGUUCCUCGCGGAGAACGCGGCUACUAAGGCUUUGCUCGUACCUCCAGGAGAAAUACAAGCACAUGUGCAGGCAGGAGAGGGCGAGUAUCCGUCAAAAGAGAUACCGCUAUGCCUUCCGCAAAGCCUUGCUGCACGCUGCCAGUAACAACCCCGAUUGUGCCGGGCAGCUGAUCCAGGAGUUACGUGGUGCCUCUCGAAGCUCCUCGAGUGUGACUCCAGUCAGGCAGCAGAACACAGAUACGGGGACCUGCACUGGCAGCACAAAGGGCCAAGCCUGCAACAACAGGGCUCUGCCCUUCACUCGACACUGCUUUCAGCACAUUCUGUUGAAUCGUUCCCAGCAGCUCUUUGCUAGUUGCACAGCCAAAUUUGCAGAUGGUCAGCAGUGCUCCAUCCCUGUGUUUGAUAUCACGCACCAGACACCACUCUGUGAAGAGCAUGCCAAAAAAAUGGAUAACUUCCUGCGAGGGGAUGGUAACCGACGAGUGCAGCACCAGCAGCAGCAACAGCGAAAGCCACGUAAAAAGACCAAACCACCGGCGCUCACCAAAAAACACAAGAAGAAGAGGAGGAGAGGGCCGCGGAGGCCUCAGAAACCCAUCCCUCCAGCGUUGCCACAGGGGAACCUGGGAAUGCCUUCUACAAGCCUAGCAAUGCCCUCACAGGCCAGCAUCAGAAGCCCGUCAACUCCAGAACUGAGUACGGAGGAGCUUCCUGACGAUAUCACCAAUGACAUGGCAGACAUUCCAAAUGACCUUGAGCUAAACCAGGAGGAUUUCUCCGACGUGUUACCCAGACUACCCGAUGAUCUGCAGGACUUUGACUUGUUUGAAGGUAAGAAUGGGGAUUUGUUGCCCACCACGGAGGAGGCUGAGGAGCUGGUGCGUGCGCUGCAGGCCAUGGGCUCUUACCCGGACUCUUUGGUGUGCCUGACCUCCAUGGGCGACUUGGCCCCGUCUGAAGGAGUGGACCACCGCGCCAUGACUGUGUUCCCUGGUCCGGUCCAGCCGGGGGGCAUGGGGGACCUGCUCAACAGCCGCAUGCCUACAGAGAACUUCACCAGCCUCGAGCUGGAGGACAAUCUACUGCAGUCCACCGGGAGUCACUUUCCCCCCUCGCCGCCAUCUCAGCCUGCUAACCAGCCCCAGACGUCGGGCUCCAACCUGACCUCAUCUUCUUCUACAGUAGCCCCUUCCACCACCUCCCUGCUCACUCAGACCUCCAUAACAGAGCGAACGUUUUCCCGGACACACACAUCCCACGUGCUGGCCAAGUCGGAUGCGCCCACGUCAUCUCCCCAAGGCAGCCACUACGGCAGUGAGCACGUGCCAUCCCCAUACAGCGACCACAUAUCUUCUCCCCACGCCAGCUCCUUCCAGACAGACACCCCUCUAUUGCUAGAAGUUCCUCUCAGCGGGGUGCCAGGACCCCCACGCUCAUCAUGGAACAAUCUCCCUCUCCCCCUCACGGACCCCACGCAAUUUGGCAAUCUCAUAGGACCAGAGAGCCAUCUCAUAUCCACCUCUCUGUCCACACCGCCGGCCACCACCCACUCUGUGACGCUGCAGCCGAUGGCUGCUCUCUCAGCGAUGCCCCAGAGUGGCCUGACAGGUUUAACGACCUCCCCCGCCCCCUCGUCCUCCCUCCCAUCCUCCUCACAUGAUCUUCUGACCUCCACACAGCCCAAGCAACAGCUCCCACAGUUCAGCGCGGCCUUUGGCCAUCAAUUGGCCUCCCACAGUGGCAUCCCAAAAGACGUGCAGCCCAGCCACAGCUCCACAGCGCCCCCCGCUGGCUUUUCUAUAGUUAGUGCCACCGCUGCAAGUGCCAACAGCGCCACACCACCUUUCACGCAAAGUAAAUGAGAGCCUGCAGCGGCUGCAUGACGGUCUGUGGACUCACAGUCACUUAUUACCCAGUCCACUGGCUCCUGAUUGACCACCCCUCUUCAUCUGCUACAUGUGUGCAAUGUGGUAAUAGUGCACUAUUUGAUAAUGAAUUUGCACAACCUCAGAUUUUCCUCCAUAUUUUCUGUUUUUGUUAUUUUACUCUGUAGCCAGGCGGCCUCUGGGAUUCUAAGUCAGUGUGAGUCCACUUGUUUGAUGCCUUGUGGUUUCGUCAGCAGGGGGUAACAGUUGGAUUUUGCGAUGAAAAAGCAGGUGAAAAUUGGCGGAAGGACCUUAGCAGAGAUUAAUCUGUCACAGUGCUCAGAAUUCAUCGACGCAGAAGCCUCAAUCAGUGGUCGGUUUGUUUGCUUUGCCAGUUAAAGUCCUGUGUCUAAAUGAUCAACUGUACCCUGCCUUGCUCAGAUAGCCAUUGCAUUUUUUUAAUUUCCCACCUGUUUCAUACACUGCUUCUGUCACCCUCUGAAAAACAAAGAGUACAGGUUGUGAUAUUUGUGACCCAUUAUGUUUCAAAGCUAUUUAACUGUUAUCAUGAUAUAGAAUCUUACCGAGUCAGAUUUCACAGUCAUAUGAAAUUUACCAAAAUACUUUUAAACAGCUGUUUUUAUAUUGUGUAUACUGUAUAUGUGCUCAUGUAUUGGUUUGCUCAGACGUCAAAAUCUCUGACCUCACCAUUGGUUGUGGGACUCUGAGUGGCCUAGUAGACACUUGAAGGUAAAUAUAGUUUCUUAAAGCAAUAAACACAUUAACAUAACUCUAGCAUUGUAAGGUAUUUUAUUGGUCUCAUUACAUGUAGCUUCACUCGCUGAAUCUGGGCUGGGUCAGGAAUAUAUUUCGGCCUCUAUGAACUGUUGUAAACUGAUUUUUAUUUUAUUUUACUUUACAGCAGUUUUACUCAGAAUUAGAGCCUAUAGAGACCAGUGAUCAGGUCAGCCUAACUUCUUCUCUGGGGUCAAACUGAGUAGAUUUUAAAGGCUAAUAAAUGAGUUUCAGUGUUAAUGGUAGGGGCGAUAAUGGCGUAAUCCAGGGACUUUAAGUGUCUACUCUCAAAGGUGCUCUCUGGUCCACAUAUACAAUGGUCAUAAGUGACUUACGUGUUGGGCAAAAUCAGUGUCAGGACUCCAAGAAAGCCCACUAUAAGACAUCAAGGAUAGACUGUCUGUACUCGAUACCUUUGGGUAUGGAGUACUGAUAGCCAAAAUAACCCAGUACCAAGUGAUAUCGAAACGUCUCCAGUCAAACGAUACCUGCAUUCAACCCUUUUUGCGCCGGGGGUUUGAUGCCAUUGUUUUAACAUACAAAAAUUCCGUUAGUCCAAAGAAUGACCCAUCCGACUGAAAGCCCAUUUCUCCUACAGCCUGUUAUCACAAAAACAAAUGCCCGUUGCUCUGAUGCCACGUUUUUCCAAAAAUACACACUCACCACAGUUAGUUUCAGUUUCCCUGUUGCGUUUGAGACACCAGAUGCGGGUGUUAUUCACUGACCUGUCCCUGCUUUUCCAGCAGCUUUUAUGCUACCAAACAUGGGUGUUUUAAGCAAAAACAUGAUCUUUUCCAAACCAUAACCAAGUGUUUUUUGUGCCUAAACUUAACCACAUGCUUCCCACAGCUUUUUUGAGAAAUGUUAAGUUUGAACACAUCCAUUACAAAAUAACGUAACAUAUCCGUUGUUUCCAGAAACAAACAUUGUGAAUGUUUUGUCUCGUGAUUUUUUUUGUCGAACUGCAGGGAGUGUGUAUUUUCGGGGAAAUCGGAUUUAAGAGCAUUAAGUGUUUCUUUUUGGGUCCAAUGGGACAUUUUUUGGACUAACAGGGCUUCGGGAUUUGGGCCAUUAGAACAGUGGGCAGUCCGUGAUCCAUGGCUGUUACAACUUCUUGCUGGAUUGGCAAACUUUCUGUUGCUGCUGUCGCCGGAGCCACUCUCCUCCCAGUGAACAGUCAGUUAAACGGCAGUUAGAGGGAGCUUUAAAUGGUCUGAACAAACUCACACCGACACUGAAACGGCUUGAUUCUGUCGCUAAUAACCAUUAGGUAAUUUUAGCUGUGUGAUGCUAACAGUUAGCCAUGUCACUGGGCGGACUCUCACAACUGUCCCCAGCGUGGCGCAUGGUUUAUUGACAUAGUUGGCAGUUCAGCGUGAUACCACCAGAACAUCUUAAAGUCCGGCACGCCAUUCACACUGUGGGUAUCAAAUGACGUUCUCUGUUGGUUUCGGUAUCACUUUAACGGCGCUGGUGUUACAAUUUUUUAAACGACACGCAGCCCUACUACCCAGAGAUGGCUUAGAUGGUGAUUUAAAUGUUAUAAACUGGUGUGUUGAUCAGUGUCUGUUUUACUCUCACUUACAAAGUAACUUUAAGCUGCAAACCUGGGGUCUGAUUUUUAAUUUUAAGAAAACGAGAACCACCUGAGAGCCCCUCCCCCGUCUGUGACCGACUCCUACAGCAGUACAACCAUGGCUUUUGAUAGAUAUUAUAUUAGACAUUUGACGGAUUGUCAGACAUUGUUGAGUAUUAGGUAUAUAGAGUAGCGAGUCUCUAUCUUGGGGUUUGUUGGUGAAUUAUUGAGUAGCAAUGGAUUGAAAUUGUUAUUUGCAAUGUAUUCAGUGGAACCUGUGUCUUGUAGAAUGAGUCUCUUGUUUUUAAUGGCUAUCAAAAUGGUUGUAAGUCGGAGGGAUCGAUGUUUGUAUGCUGUCAGUUUUUUUAAAAAUAUUAUGAUGAUGAAGAGUAUUUUUGAUAGCUAUUAAACUCCAGAAAGAAGUCUUGAGAUUUGCAUGGGGCAGCAACCUUUUGUGUGAGAGCAUUAUAUUACUAGAUUAUGGUCACUGGCUUGAUUCUUGGUGGUAUAUGAAACAUAGGAAUAUAUGCAUCGCCAUUUCAUUUCAUUAUGUGGAGAAAAACAGAUUACAGUAUGUUGUUUUUCAACAUAGAUUUGCACAGGAGUGGAUGAGGCCGGUGGUGUUUCAUGUGUCCCGUGUCUGUCUUGCCUUUUUGUUUUUUUUUUUUUUUCUGCUUGGACGCUCAUUAAGUAAACAGCUGCCAUCAUUACCAGCUCUGAGCUUGCACCAGAACAGACCCCCCCCCAUUUCCAGCUGUGAGAAGGCCCAGUUCUGUCUCUCCCUUCCAAAGAGAAAACACAUAAUGAAGUGUAAACCCGUAGCUCCACCAGAGACGACUGGGCUUCUCGUUGACUGCAGUGUUGUAACUAUUCUAGUCAUAAACACAGUGCCCCCCCUUCGAAAAGUUAAAAAAAAAAAAAAAAAAAAAAAGACAAAAAAAGUUGGAUGAAAAUGUUUGCAAGGCAUAACUGCUGUAUCCACAUAGCAUGAGAUUAGUCACGGCACCAGUUUACUCUCCCAAAAACCACGUAGAACAAAAUUAACAGGGCUCGUACUGUAGGCACAUUUAACUGCUUGAAUUCAGAGAUGGCUGACAAAUUCCUAUACUCAUUGAAUGUACUGUAUUACUGUUUUUAAAGAUAGGAUGAGCUAAUCUAGUCACCUUUUGUUAUCGGUCCUUGUUUAAUUUGUCUAAGGUAUUUUUUGUAUACAAAGGUUUACAUUUUUAUGUAUAUUUUUCUUGUGUACAAAUUAUGUAAUAUGUGUACAAACACUGUAUGUAAUAUCUGUAUAUAGUGUGAGAAAUUUGAUCUUUUGUUUUUGGAUGUAUAAAUAAAACUUGCUGUGAGGUAUUUGCUGA